CUGUUUCAAAAAUGAUCUGGAGUGCAAUCAAUUUAGAUGCAAAUGAAACCAUAGUUGUGGCUAAAGAUGUUUUAAUUGGAGUACUUUUAGAUGCAGCUUUUUUGGAAGUAAUAGGAAAAGUAGCACUUGCUAAAAUAACUGUUCUUGUCACAAAAGAUGUGAUAAAAAUAGAUAUAACUAAAUAUUUGAAAAAUAGAGUUGUAGAGAAUAGAGAGUUUUUACAUAAAAUAUUAGAAGAAAAACUUAAGAGAUUGCAACAAGCAUCUAGAAAGACCAUUGUUAAUGAUAAUAGAGAUAAGAUCAAUUUUGAAAAUGAACAGU